UCUCACAACAGAAGUAAUUGAAUCUCCCUGCCCAGCUACCUUAAUUACCGAGUAUAGCUUCGUUCAGAUGAGUAAUUAAACAUGGCGCAGAUGAGAUCGACAAUGUCUUUCAAGCAUUUUGUGGAACAAAACCUUCCAAAAUAUGCCAACGUGGUCAUAUACGCGGUGCUUGAAUGGGUGAUGAUCCUUUUGAUUUUCGUAGACGGCUUCUUGGCGCUCUUGUCCGACGAGUUCGCGCGGUUUUUCGAGCUAAACAUCCCCUGUUUGCUGUGCACAAGGAUAGAUUGUGUCCUUUCACGUUGCCGCAGGUCGUGGUCCUCGUCAAGCGCCUCGUACGACGAUUCGUUGUGCGAAUCGCACAAGAGGGAGAUUUCCUCCCUCGGGUACUGCAAUGCCCACAAGAAGAUUUCCAACAUAGGGCGAAUGUGCGAAAACUGCAUUGGUUCACAUGGGAAGGAAAAGAGAGAGGACACUUCGAAGGAGGUCGAGAUGACGAGUUGUUCUUGUUGCGGGGAAUUUAUCAAAAAACGGCUUGUGGCGACGGGGAACAAUAAGUGUUACAGGAGAAAUGGCUCGAUGAAUGGUCCAACGCCAUCCCCUCGUGUUCGGAGACAACAUGAGCAGCAUCUGCAACAACGCAGCGUCGAUUCUCCGCGCAUGCGUUUCAAGGACCUAAAGAUGAUCUCUGACUCCGACGAGGAUUAUCUUUCAAAUAUUGCUAGAGAAGUAAUCGAGGAUUGUAAUAAUAAGAAAUCAUCAUCAUCAGAGGGAACAUUAGUGCCGCAGGAAGAAGCUUGCAGAACCCCGAAUUUCAUGAGAGGAAAUCUCAACAACAGGUUCUACGGAAUCCCGCUGACCGACUCCGCCCACGCCAGUCCCAGGCUGUCCCGGCUGUCCAUAGAAAACAUCCUCUCCGAUCUCAACAGCAACGACGAGUCCUCCUCCUCGUCGACGACGACAGCAGCAGGCGACCAGGGCGGAGACAUCGUGGGGCAGCUGAAGAGGCAGGUGCGGCUGGACCACAAGUCGCUGGCGGCACUGUACGCGGAGCUGGAGGAGGAGAGGAACGCGGCGGGGAUCGCGGCGAACAACGCGAUGGCGAUGAUCACGCGGCUGCAGGACGAGAAGGCGGCGCUGCAGAUGGAGGCGCUGCAGUACCAGAGGAUGAUGGAGGAGGAGGUGGAGUUCGACCAGGAGGAGGUGGAGCUCAUGAAGGAGAUGCUGGGGAGGAGGGAGGAGGAGAUGAAGGCUCUCGAGGACGAGCUCGACGCUUAUCGACUCAAAUACGGGCCAUUAUUAUCUGAUGAAGAAGACGAUGAUGAUGAUGAUGAUUAUCAGGAACUGAGGUCCAACUUAUUGCCCUCAUCAUUUAACGUGUCGGAAUGUGUCAGUCCUCGUGAUGAUGAUGAACGUAACUCUACUUACCACUGAUCAACGAACCAAGUUGGCUAUUGGCUAAUUACGUACAAAGGGAUAAUAAUUAAUUAGAAGGAGGAUAUCCAGAUCCAGAGAUUAUUCUAUCAAUCAAUUCAACAAAUUAAAGAUGGCAUC